CUCCCUCCCUCCCCGCGACACAUGCCGCUGCUGCCGGCCCGUGUCUAGCGCCGCUGCCGGGCCCGGCGCGCUGAGGCGAGGGGGUACGCGGCGAGCGGGCGGCAGCGUCGUCGUCGCUCUGGCCGGGCCGUGAGGGUCGGAGGCCGGGCGGGCGGGCGUGGAUGGAUCCCCGCGUGGCCUGGAUCCAGCCCGAGCAGAAAGGCCCCGCGAAUGCGCUGUGGAUGCAGAUCUGGGAGACCUCGCAGGGCGUGGGGGGCCGGGGCGGCGCCAGCUUCCCGCACUACCUCUGCCUUAACUCCCCGGCGCUGGACUCGGCCGCCGCCUCCUCCCCGCCCCGCGGACACAGCUGCAUGCGGCUCGGGGCGCCCGGCGGCGGCGGCGCCUGCUGCUCCUCUUCCUCGCCGCCUUCGCCUUCGCCUUCCCCUCCGGCCCUGCUGACCGGACUGGUGCCCGCUGCCGCCCCCGGCCCUGCGGCGGUGAACGGCGGCGGCGAGGGAGGGCGGCGGCUGCAGAAGUCGCCUUCCGUGUCUUCCUCCUCUUCCUCCUGCUCGUCGGUGGAGUCCGGCACCGAGAGCCCCGGUUUCUCCUCCUCGGGAUCGUGCAGCGGCGGCGGAGGCGGCGGCUCCUCCUCUUCCUCCUGCGGCCCCCGGGCGGCGGCGGUGGCUCCUCCCGGGCUGCUGGGCAGCGGGGCCGGACCCGGGGAGUUUUUUAACUUCCACGAGAACAAAGUGAACGGUGUGAACGGGCACCACCAGCCCCCGCACCUGGCGCGCAGCCCCCACCCGCCACCACCGGCCUCUCCCCAGCAGCACCAGUACCACCCGGGCCGCAGGAAACGAGAGAAUAAAGCCAGCACCUAUGGGAUGAAUUACCUGCUCUCCGGCAGCCGUGGCGUCGCCGUCAACAGCUCCCCUCACCAGCAGCGGCAGCUGCCUCAGCCAGCGCUGCAGAGCCCCGGCACACCCUGGAAGACCAGAAAAUACAGCCCGGGCGUGCAGGGACUGCAUGAAGAAAUAAUUGACUUCUAUGACUUCAUGUCCCCUCGUCCUGAAGAAGCAGCUAUGAGAAGAGAAGUGGUGAAAAGGAUAGAAACGGUCAUCAAAGAUCUUUGGCCUACAGCUGAUGUCCAGAUAUUUGGCAGCUUUAGUACAGGGCUUUAUCUUCCAACUAGUGAUAUUGAUCUAGUUGUUUUUGGGAAAUGGGAACGGCCCCCUUUACAGCUACUGGAGCAAGCACUAAGAAAACACAAUGUGGCUGAGCCAUAUUCCAUUAAAGUACUUGAUAAAGCUACGGUACCAAUAAUAAAACUUACUGACCAGGAGACAGAAGUGAAAGUUGACAUCAGUUUUAACGUAGAAACUGGUGUGAAGGCAGCUCGAUUUAUUAAGGAAUACAUGAAGAAAUAUUCUUUGCUGCCUUACUUGAUUUUAGUAUUAAAACAGUUCCUCCUUCAGAGGGAUUUGAAUGAAGUUUUUACUGGUGGAAUUAGCUCUUACAGCCUAAUUUUAAUGGCAAUUAGUUUCCUGCAGCUGCAUCCAAGAAUUGAUGCCAGAAGAGCUGAUGAAAACCUUGGAAUGCUUCUGAUAGAAUUUUUUGAACUCUAUGGAAGGAAUUUUAACUACUUGAAGACUGGUAUUAGAAUAAAAAAUGGAGGUGCCUAUAUUGCCAAAGAAGAAAUCAUGAAAGUCAUGACUAAUGGAUACAGACCAUCCAUGCUAUGUAUUGAAGAUCCUCUCCUGCCUGGAAACGACGUUGGCAGAAGUUCUUACGGUGCCAUGCAAGUGAAACAAGUUUUUGAUUAUGCCUACAUUGUUCUUAGCCAUGCAGUAUCACCACUUGCAAGAUCAUAUCCAAAUAGAGAUUCUGAGAGCACAUUAGGUAGAAUCAUCAAAGUGACACAAGAAGUGAUUGACUACAGGGCCUGGAUUAAAAAGAAGUGGGGGAGCAAAAUUAAUUUAUCACCUGAACUUGAUAAUAGGUUGAAAAUAAGAGACCAGAUAGCUCCGUGUAAUGGAGAACAACAACAGAACAGAGACUCUGAACCAUCUUACAACCAGCGUUUGACUUUGUCAUUGACUAGUACACAGCAGUUAUCCUCUGGCUCUUCUGCUUCAUCUGUAUCAUCACUCUCCGGCAGUGACAUUGAUUCUGAUACACCACCUUGCACAGCUCCUAAUGUUUACCAGUUCAGUCUGCAAGCACCGACUCAGCUUAUGGCCAGUUUACCACCAGCAUUGCCUAUGCCAAGUGGUAAACCCCAAUCUACGCCUACGAGAACCUUGAUAAUGGCCGCCAGUAAUCAGGUGAAGAGAACCAAAAACUUCCCUUUGUUACAGGCUACUGGCAGAGCUACUGCAGAAAGUAAGCAGCACAAUGGAAUGAAGUUUUCCAUGAAAGGAACUCAUAACCAAGGCAACAGCUACAGCCCCGUCAGCAGUGGAGGCAUAAGGCAACCAGUUGGUAACCGAGGACACCACCAAUACAAUCGUAGUAUGUGGAGAAGAAAAAAACACAGAGACAGUUUGCCUAUUAGUCUGAGCAGAUAAUGGCAGAUGCCAAAAUGACCUUCCCUGUUCAGACAAACUGAGUGAGUGCCACUCAACUUGUGGGAUGGAGACCAGCGUCCAGCACAUCGUUUUAUUGGUGUUGCCAAAUAUCUGCAGCUGACUUCUUUGCAUGUUUCUUUGUGUGGUGGUUCAGUCCAUCUUCAAGAAGUAGUUGUGCUUAUCUGUGAAGCCUUAUUAAAUGUGGAAAUUUGUUUUCUGCCUUCCCACAAUGGUUCAUACAGUGCCGAAGCAGCUCUGACAAUAGAACUGCAAGGACAUUUACGAAUGCUGUGGCUUUUUUUGCUGUGGCUACAUCGGUUCCUUUGUGGGUUCUGUUUUCUUUUAUUUUAGAAGUGAAUGAAACUUCAGCCCCUUGGAAUUUUUUUCUUUGCAGCAAAUCACGUUGGGAAUUCAUAAAAGUAAAUUUGCUGCUCUCCUGUUUUUGUUUCAAAGUUCAGAUUUUUUUUUCUCUGUAAAUAUUGGAAGUAUAAUUUGUGCAAUAACUUGGAAUUUUUAAUUUAAUUUCAUAUUGUCACAUAAGUUAUAUUUAAGGGGAAGAGGUUUUUUUAAUUUACAGAUCCUUUCCCAGGUUGCAUUAUCUAAGUUGGGUUCAUAGUUUUGGCAGGUUGUCUGAGCAGUGUUACAAACAUGACAUUUGGUAAUAUUUGAGGCUUCUUGAUUCACAAUGAAAGUGCGAUUUGGCUUACGGUUUUAAGAAGAUAUUAAGCUCCAAAGCAUUUUGACCCUGUGUUUUUUAGCUCAUUGUCUGGCCUCUAUCAGUCGUCUUGCUCUGACCAAUGAGUUUUAAUUUUAUUCCUUUAACUAGACAACAAAUCCAGCGUUUGUAGUACCAGAAGUAAGACUUUUGAAAGGGAGGGGAAAAAGGUUGGUUCAAGUCCUGAUGUGAAAUUAAAAAGCUGUGAGCUACACGUUUUGAUGCAUUUUAGUAACGUAACCUGUUAAUGUUUGGGUUCAAACAAUAUUAUUAAACAGAGGUACCCGGCUUAAGGAAUGUGGAGAAAGGAAAUAUGUUGAUUCCAUUAAGGAAUCUGUAUAGCAGUAUGCAUUAGUUCUGUUAAGAGCAAAUAUAUAAAAAGUACUUCAGCUGCUCUAAGCAUUACGAGAAGUAUCUUUUAAUGUAUUGCAGGAGAGCACAGCCCAGUGUUGUACACAGUAUGAGUGGCUGGCACUUAAUUUACAGAUGCAUACAGGUAUACUAUGCAAGUGUGUAUUGCCAUGACAAACACUGUCUUUAACUUUUUGAAAAAUGUACAUCCUGCCUAACCCUGAGUUUUUAAAGCACCACAGUUGUCCUGGGAGUAGGUCACAUCUCAUGCCCUCUGACUGCCCGUUUUUUUUUUAAAAUGAGAGUUCUAAAGCUAUACAGAAAACUACAGAUCAGUUAUAUAAGUCCACUAGCAGAGGAAGCUGAAGAAUCCUGUUAACAGGACAUCUAUACUGUGUACAGAUAUAGAAGGUUUUAAAACUGAUAUCUGAAUAUUAAAAUGGGGUGUCAAGCAUGAAGCUUUUUAAUACGCUGUAUGCCUUUGGAGCAGAAGUAGUUCAUGUUAUUACUGAAUCUGUCAAACACAAAACAGGUCCUUGAGGGGAGAGAGGGCAACAUUCCAAAGUAGAGUAGUGCAUAUCUGUUUGCAAAAAGUUUGUCUUAAUGCUCCAGACUCAUCACAAUUUAAAAAAAAAAAGUUUUAAAAAUUGUGAGCUGAUUCAUAAAUAAUAUCUAAGGGCUGUUACAUGAGCCUGUACUGCUUAGUCUUCACACACUAGCAAUAUUGAGCAUAACUACAUUAAAGAGCCUUCAAAGGCUUUAGUUGGUGUCUUAUACUAGAGUCCAUUUUAAAGCAAAAUUCAUUUGAAAAGUGAUAUCAUGUAACACUUCAGUCAUGGUGAACCAAAUAAAUUGGCCUGGCUAUCACUGUGGUUAUGUGCUACAGGUUUAAAAAAAUCACGUUUAAAUUUUUUGUGUGGACGACUAUGUGUAAGCUAAAAUUGACAUAUUUUUAUGUAAAGUUUUCUAUUCUUUGAUUUUUAAUAAACUUUGGAGAACAGUCA